AUGAGCUCGUACGAUGAGACAAUGGAACCCUCCUGGGGCGAGGACCCGAUCUCGCUGGAUAAUGUGGUCGACAUCUGUGAGCAGAUCUUGUGGGAGCUGCAUGAGACCAACUGGCACUGCGAGUUGCGUGCAUUGGAUGCUCAUCUCUUGGACAUGAGCAAAUGGGGCUCUUUACAUUGGUGGGAACGUGAGGCACAAGUGGCCAAGGUGUGGGAUAGACGUGCCACCAGGUCAUGUCUGACAGUCGCACCGUGCUGGAGUGAAGACAAUGUUGCUUUCCAUGGAGUUCGUGCGCCUGCGCCAAGAUGGAAGUGGAGCCGUUCCCGUCUGAGUGCAUUCCUCGCAGUCGUGCAACAGUGGCCAGAUGUCCCAGAAGACUUGCGAAUAGAUGUGGACACUUUGCUCAUCUGCGAGGCAGAUGAAUACAAUCGCUUGCAGGAUAGCAUCAUCUGCUUGUAUAUGCAGAUGUUUGUGCACCAGUUUCACCAUCUCCCCAUUGCGCCCAUCCGAUUCGCGUAG